AGGAUAACAGGCCGUCCCUGGAACAACCCCCCCCCCCCACAGACAGUCCCAGGAGUCUGAGCUGAAGACACACAAACACAGACACUUUGUGAACGAGGCUCAUCUGCUUCACUUCUGCUUCACUUCUGCUUCAACAGAGAGCCGUGAUGUUGGUCCUUCAGAAGAUGCCCCUCACAGCGGCCCUGUGCCUGAUGCUCCUUGCCACACUUCUACCCAGCUUUGAGGCCCGGCGUGGAGGCGGCGGAUUUGGCGGAUUUGGCCGGGGUAGAGGAGGCUCCAGCCGGGGCUGGGGCGGUGGUGGUGGCCAGGCCUACAGACCAGUGCAGAGCAGUGGUCCCAGUGCAGGGAAAAUAGCAGGGGCGGCUGCAGUAGGCGCCAUUGGAGGAUCAAUGAUAGGAUCUGCUUUGAGCCGCCCUGGGUAUGGAGGAGGAUAUGGUGGAGGGUAUGGUGGAGGGUAUGGAGGAGGGUAUGGUGGAGGGUAUGGAGGGUACCCACGAUACGGAGGUGGUGGCUAUGGCCCCAGGCCUGGCUAUGACCCUGAGGGCUCUGGAGAUAUGGAGUACUACGUUGGAGCAUCCAGUGGCCCCAUCUACAACAGCAUCAUCGUUGUGAUUGGCUCCCUGAUGUCCCUGCUGAUUGGCCACUGGGUGGCAGUCGUGUAGAGAUGGAGACAGCAGGUUUCACAAAACAGACAAGGAACCCUAACCAAAGAUACCCCAUGACCUGAGAGUGAAGACAACUGAUCCUGGUUUCGAAUUAAAUAUGACCCUUGAUUUACGAGAAUCUGUGGACAGUUGGUUUUAUUGAGUCACACACACAGACUCAUCUCACCUCAGCAACGUGUCACUGGGACACCAAGCUCCCAUCUGCAGCGCCACUGGUGAACUCCCAAACCACUUCCUGUAGAUAUUUGUCAAAGUCGUGAGGUAAAUGAACUCAAUGAAUAACUAUCUGCAUUAUAUCCCACACUUUUAAUGUGUCCAGUGUUUUUUUUUUAUACAAAUUUUUCAUGAUUGCAGUGAUGAUGAUGAGGAGGAUUUUAGUGACGGUGAUGAAUCUGUGUAUUCUGGCAAACACAUUGUCCACAAACAAACUGUGGAACAUGAAUAGAUUAGUUGUGUAAUCUGAAUAAAUCUACCUCAGGAACCAGAGUUUAAGAGCAGCUGUAAUCUUCAUUUGAUAACCACCAUCUCCCAGUCUAUUCCAUAAUAACAGAAUAAUUGUUUCCUCCUGAUUCACAGUCUACUCUGCAUAUGUUACAUUUUCAGCUCAUUAUUUGUAUAUUUGACCUAAUUAAAUACAUGUUUUAUGCCAUUUUGUAGAUUAUUAUGUAAAAAGGCUAAAUGUCCCAUGUUUAACUGUUGUAAAAGUAAAAAAUAACCUAGAACAAACAUUUCUGUUGAUUGUUUUUGUGUGUCUAUUGUGAUGAGACAAGAACAUGUGUUAAUAGGAAUGAUCCACUGGGGACACAUAUUUAGAUCCACAUGGUUUACCUCCACAGAUGAGGUUGUUUUCACUCCUGUCCCCUUGUUUGUUUGUUUCUCAGAAGGAUUAUGUAAAAACUACUAAACAGAUUGAGUAGAGAUUUAUUUUUUUGCACUUUUACAAAUGUAUGGCUCUCAGGGAUCAAGAAUAAUUAAGGAACUAUUACCUUUGAAUCUGUCAAAUUUGGAGCCACUUGAUUUAAUUCAAUGGGACUAGUAGGUUUAUGCCCUUCUAGUUAAUUUGUUUUUAAGGGUGAGGGCGUUGGCUGCGUGACUCAGCCAUUAACAGUCUAAUUUUAACAGACGGCAGACUUCACAUCAUGUGCUCAGUUUCUUCCUUGUCACGCCUCUGAGGCACAGUGGUAAUCAUCUCUGAUGUCAAGGGGCUUUGACACAGCCCUCAUGUUGCUCUUCAUUCUGAAAUGUUGCCACAACAGACUUGACCUAUGAAUCUGUGAUCGUUACCCUAAACCCAGAGCUGCCGUCUGUUUCAGAUGAAGAUGAGACUCUACCUCUGGAAAAAUCUGAAACAGACUUUUAGUUUCCUGAAAACAUGAGUAAACUGCAGGUUGCAGAGGUGGAAAUAAGAUAAGAACAAUUCUGAUAGUACUGAGUAUAGAGUACGUCUGCUAUUUUAUAUGUUUACCACUUUACAACCCUACUUAUGUGUUAUACAAUGAAAAUAAACACUGAUUCAAAUUGGA